AUGGAAAAGCUUAUCUGUUUCCUUGCCAUCUUGGCAACAUGUUGCGCUUCUCCUCAAGACCUCUCAGGUAAGGUGUUUACCUUUCCUGCGGAGUCCAGCACAGCUCAUGUUCGGCUGAUUCCAACAAGAGGAAACUUCAGCUCUGUGACUGUCUGCCUCAGGUACUUCACAGACCUGAGCAGAAACCAGGUCCUCUUUUCCUUGGCUACACCCUCACGUUCAAAUGGCUUUCUCCUGUUCAAAUCAAGUACUAGGGGCCAGCUAAUCGUUGCUGUACAAAAUGAAGACAUUGUUUUUCACAAACUCGCUGAUGAGCAAAAUUCCUGGGUAUCUGUGUGUGGCACUUGGGAAUCUGGCUCAGGUUUGGUUCAACCAUGGAUCAAUGGGAAGCCUGGCUCUCGAAAACAGGCUUCUCGAGAUAUUCUGAAUGGAGCUCCUAUCAUAAUCGUUGGUCAAGAGCAGGACUCGCAUGGGGGAGGGUUUGACGCUGGUCAGUCAUUUGUGGGGGUCCUGGCAGAUGUCCACAUGUGGGACUAUGUCCUUUCUUACUGUGAGAUCACCCGCUUUGUGAAUGAUGAUAAUUUUACUCCAGGGAACAUCCUAAAUUGGAGAGCGCUUCAGUUCAACUCGGUUGGGAAUGUGAUUGUUGAGAACAGGACCCCAGAAUACUGUUUCUAG